UUCGUUGUCCUGUCAAGUGUCUAAAAGAGAAAAAAUCGUUUUGGCUGCUGCAGCAGUUUUGUAUUGUUUUAUUGUUUAUAAAUAAAAAAAUUAAAUUAAAAUCACAUUUCUCCUAAUAUUCAUAACAAUAAACUAUCAGUUCAACAAAUUUAUCAUUGAAAAUCUUUCCACCGCUGUCCAAAAUGAGUUUAUCGCAGGAUAAACGCGAGCUCAUAACAAUCCUCAAGCUCAUCAAAAAGUACAAUCUCAAGCAAACCGAAGGCCUCUUGCGAAAGGAGGCCAACAUUAAAGAUGAUAUCGUUGUUGACGACGCUGAUUUGAGUAAUAUUUUAGUUGGUGAUUUGGACGGCGAACACGCUCCGGCUUCGGGCAGUGGUGGUGACCAAGAACUCUACGAGAUUGCAUUCAAUGAUUUGAGAAACUUCGUUGAGGAAUCCCUCGAUAUUUACAAACAUGAGUUGUCACUCGUCUUGUACCCGAUAUUGGUGCAAAUCUAUUUGAAACUCGUGCAAACUGGGAACGAAAUUCAGGCGCGAAAGUUCGUCGAGAAAUAUGGACCCGGUCUAGAUGAUUACUAUCAGGAGGACUUGCAGAACAUUCUGCUGAUUACGAAGCCCUCUCAAAUGGAGAAUAACGAUCUUGUGACGGCGAUGGAGCAAGACAAAUUCAUCAUUCGGAUGUCUCGGGACUCACAUUCGCUCUUCAAGAGACACAUCCAGGACAGGAAGCUGGAAAUCCUGUCUCAAAUCGUGUCCAAGUAUCUCCUGAUUGAUACCUACGAAGGAACAGCUCGUAGCAAAGCUCAGUGUGACGCCACAGCUGGGGCAAUAAUUGGCGAAGCUCGUCGCCAGGACAACAAAGUUCGAGUUUUCUUUGGUCUUUUGAAAGAGGUCGACUUCCAGAGCCUUACUACUACGACCACAAAUCCACCGGCCGAGGAGGAGGAUGAGAAUGAUCCAGAUGCUCCCGACAGGCCCAAGAAGAAAAAACCAAAAAAAGACCCUCUGUUCUCGAAGAAAUCCAAAUCCGAUCCGAACGCUCCCGCCCAUGAUCGUAUUCCUCUGCCAGAACUGAAGGACGCCGAUAAAUUGGAAAAACUUAAAGCCCUGCGUGAGUCCUCGAAGAGGGUCAUUCUAGGGAAAGACUCCUUCCCGUCUGUGUGCUUCUACACAAUCCUCAAUGGAGCGAAUAGUGUGACGUGCGCUGAAAUUUCGGAGGACUCCUCAAUGGUGGCCGUUGGCUUCACAGACUCCAGCAUCAAAGUGUGGUCUUUGACUCCGGCCAAGUUACGUGAGAUGAAGACCGCUGAACAGCUGAAGGACAUCGACAAGGACGCCGAAGAUGUCCUGGUGCGCAUGAUGGACGAUAGAACCGCAGAGACUUCCCGCACCUUCUUCGGACACAGCGGCCCGGUGUAUAGAUGUGCAUUCGCCCCAGAGAAGAACCUUCUGCUCUCUUGCUCCGAGGAUACGACCAUUCGGCUUUGGUCUCUACACACUUGGACAUGCGUCGUCGUCUACAAGGGCCACCUCUAUCCCGUGUGGGAUGUGCGCUUCUCCCCACACGGCUACUACUUUGCGACAUGUUCCUACGACAAAAGUGCCCGUCUCUGGGCCACCGACUGCAACCAACCUUUGAGGAUCUUCUGUGGUCAUCUGGCCGAUGUGGAUUGUGUUCAGUUCCAUCCAAAUUCCAACUACAUUGCCACCGGAUCCAGCGAUAGGACUGUUCGUCUGUGGGAUGUGCUCAAUGGCCAGCUGGUGCGUUUAAUGACAGGUCACAAGGGACCCGUCUACAGUUUGGCAUUCUCGAUCUGCGGGCGAUAUCUGGCAUCGGGAUCUUCCGACCAUCAGGUGCUCAUUUGGGACAUAACCCACGGUCAGUUGGUUGCCUCUCUGUCCAAGCACACUGGCUCCAUUCAUACGAUGUCGUUUAGUCGCGAUGGAAACAUCCUUGCUGUGGGAGGAUUGGACUGCUAUCUCACGCUGUGGGAUUUCUCGAAGCUAACCGAAGACUACCAGCUCGCCAAUAGUGGACACCAUGCCUCCCACAACCCGGACAUAAACGAUGGCACAGAGUAUUUGCUGAGAGCUUUUCCAACCAAAUCGUCUCCGUUCUUGACGUUGCACUUUACCCGAAGGAACCUUCUGUUGGCCGUGGGAGUUUUUAAAGCCCAGUAAUAGAUUUAAUCUUUCUUUUGGAUUUUCUUUUGAUUAUGAAGUAUUUUUAGCAAUAAAGGGAAGGCAUUGUAACUGAA